GGUCUCUGCUCUCACUCCUAGCAGAGCUGCCUCUAUCCGGACAAGACACAUCCCCUGAAUUAGAGACAGAUCGGCCUGCGUCUCUGUAGCCAGCAUGGGUCACCUUUCGCCCUUCCUAGCUCUGGUUGUUUUGCUGGGCAUCUCGGUGUGUGUGGGUAGCCCCAGGGGUCGUAUUCUCGGGGGCUACGAAGCUCCUCCCCACCUGAAACCCUACAUGGCUUCCCUGCAGGUGGAUGGGAAGCAUGUGUGUGGCGGGUUCCUGAUCGCCGAGCAGUGGGUGCUGAGUGCAGCUCACUGCCUGGAAGACAAGCACGGCAAGCCGUUCCAGGUCCUCCUGGGAGCCCACUCUCUCUCGCAGCCAGAACCGCACAAGCGCCUUUAUGGGGUGCGUGCGGAGAUCGGCCACCCCGGCAGCAGCACGGACACCUACGACGACGACCUCCUUCUCCUCCAGCUAGAGGAGAAAGCGCUCCUCAACGAGCAUGUGAAGAUCCUGCCCUUCCAGAUGCAAGACAGGGAUGUCCCAGCUGACACCAUGUGCGAGGUGGCCGGCUGGGGUGAAAUGAGCCACAGCGGGAAGCUGCCUGACAAAUUGCGGCAGGUGGAGCGUCCGGUGAUCAGCCGGGAGAAAUGCAACCUAAGGAUCCACCACGACAACACCAUCACGGAGAAGAUGAUGUGCACCGACUCCAGGAAGAAGGACACCUGCCCGGGGGAUUCCGGCGGGCCGCUCGUUUGCAAUGGGAUUGCCGAAGGGGUGGUGGCUGCUGGCUCUCGGGUCUGUGGGAACUACAAGAAGCCCGGAAUCUACACCCGGAUCCCGCCCUACAUCGACUGGAUCGAGAGAGUCAUGGCUUUAACAAACUGAAGGCGGACGGGUCGGCCCUGGAUUGGAAGGGACCGGCUGCCUGGCCCCCGCAGGGGCACACAGCAGACUCCACGCUAUUUCCCCAGGGCAGAGCUAGCUGCUAGCAUGGCAGAGAGCACUCGGACACUGCAAACGUCAAUAUAACCGGACAGCGGGAGCUUAUAUGGCUGCCUCCCCCACCUGCUUUCAGCUCUCCUCGCAAUCACAUAAGCUCAGUGCAGCACUCCCCUGCAAGCAGCAUCCCGGAGAGGGGAGGACUGACUCCUUCUACCAACACAACGGCUGCUCCUGGAAACCACCUGGCCCAGCUCUCCUGUCUGGCCUGCCAAAGGGGCGGUUUGCAAGGGGGUAGGAAGAGGUAGGUCACCCUACAGGAUGGGCUCAAGGCUGGAUUUCAGGUGGCAUCUUGUCAACUCUGUCCUCCUUAGCGCAAGCCAGAUCCGGAGCAAACCUGAACCACUGUGGCUGUUAAUAGUGAGCACAAAUAUUGCAAUAAAAGGAACUGAUUAUAA